UCCUUCAUUUCACGUUGUGUUACCACAAAGCAAAGACGAGAGUGCAGAAGUUUUAGCAAGACCAGUGGUUUUGGUGAAACGCAAGCAAAUGCUUUGUAACAGAAAUCCUGAAAAGUUUUUGAAGGACAAUUCCUAUCAAAAUCCAACACUCCCUCAGUUGGAUGAAUCAAAUCCUAAUAAUGACAUAGGUUUGUGCACAGAAGACCUUGUCUAUAUGGAGAAGAUAAAGGAGUUGCAGGAUUACCUCGACAAGGUAAAGAACAUGGUGAAGCCAGGUUGCUCACAAGAAGUGCUGAAGGUUGCCUUGAGUUCUAUGUCCUCACUCGUCAACUUCCUCUCCUCCAUGUCCACUAGACCAAAGCUCCACGCCUCGCUCUGAAAGGUUUUUAGUUUAUUUGUAAUGUUUAUGGGAUGAGCAAUGCUGUAUGUAUUUUAAGUGCUUAUUCCAUAAUGUGACAGUGAAAAUUACCAUUGAUAUAUCAUAUGCAGAUUAACCCGUUUAAAAUCUAAUGAUAAUUUUUACUACCAUGUUGCACUUAA